GAAGCUGGCAGCCAGCCUGUAGCUAGGAAGAGGGAAGCUGUGGUUGAUAACCCCAGUGCAACCAUCCCACACUGCACCUGUGGGAGCAUGGAGACUGGAACUGUCUUCCCGCAGCUGCCUGAGAGUGAGGCCAAGAGAGCCCCCGAGGGCGAUGGUGGGAACGGAAGUGUGGAUGGUGAUGCCGUGAGCAGGAACCCCUUUGCAGGGCUGGUGAGCCACCUGCGGGCAUCCUGGCUCUCUGGGAAGACGCGGCCCAUGGAAUACCGUGUGGCACAGCUGGAGGCUCUGGGACGCUUCCUGGAUGACAAGAAGCAGGAGAUCCUGGAGGCCACUGCCUCUGACUUGGGCAAGGCACCCUUUGAAGCCGAAUUAUCUGAGAUCCUCCUGUGCAAGAACGAGCUCCAUGAGACCCUGAACAACCUGUCCCACUGGAUGAAGGACGAGAAGGUGGACAGGCCUCUGGCGAUGCAGCUGGACUCUGCCUUCAUCCGCAAGGACCCUUACGGGGUGGUGCUCAUCAUAGCACCCUGGAAUUACCCCAUCCAUCUCUUCCUGGUGCCCCUCAUUGGGGCCAUCGCUGCUGGGAACUGUGUCAUUGUCAAACCCUCUGAGGUGUCCAUGAAGACAGAAAGACUCGUGGCAGAAGCACUGCCCAGCUAUCUGGACAAGGACUGCUUUGCUGUGGUGACCGGUGGUGUGCCAGAGACCACCAGGCUGCUGGAGAACAAGUUUGACUACAUCUUCUUCACUGGCAGUCCCCCGGUGGGGCGGAUCGUGAUGACAGCUGCUGCCAAGCACCUGACACCGCUGACGCUGGAGCUGGGGGGCAAGAACCCCUGCUAUGUGUCCGACACCUGCGAUGUGACCAACGUGGCGCGGCGCGUGGCCUGGGGCCGCUUCUUCAACGCGGGCCAGACCUGCAUCGCGCCCGACUACCUGCUCUGCACCUUGGAGAUGCAGGAGAAACUGCUCCCGGCCCUGCAAAAGGCCAUCAGUGAUUUCUAUGGCCCCAACCCCCGAGAAUCCCCGGAUUUUGGCCGCAUUGUCAGUGGCAGGCAGUUCCAGCGGGUGCAGAGACUGCUGGGCAGCGGGCGCGUGGCCAUCGGGGGACAGACGGAUGAGGCCGAGCGCUACAUCGCUCCCACCGUGCUGGCAGAUGUGCUGCCCUCGGAUCCCGUCAUGCAGGAGGAGAUCUUCGGGCCCAUCCUGCCCAUCGUCGUCAUUGCCAACGUGGAUGAAGCCAUUGACUUCAUCAACAGCCGGGAGCGGCCAUUGGCUGUCUACGCCUUCUCCUCAGAUGACAAGGUGGUGAACCAGGUCCUGGCGCGGACGAGCAGCGGUGGCUUCUGUGGCAACGACACCCUGAUGCAUGUGACACUGCCCUCUCUGCCCUUUGGAGGCAUUGGGAACAGCGGCCUGGGAACGCACCACGGGAAGUUCAGCUUUGACACCUUCUCCCACCCGCGGGGGUGCCUGAAGCGCGGGAUGGGCCGGGAGCCGCUCAACGCCCCGCGCUACCCCCCGUACAGCCCGGAGAACUUCGGGCUCAUCCGGGCCGCCUCCCAGGUGACACGCAGGAACGGCUGUACCCUGCUCUGAGCCUCUCCACGCCCCACUCGGAGCCUGCCCGCUCAGGACAUCUCCUGCUGCUGGUCCCGGCGCCCAGGUGCA